CUCUUAACUGGACAGUGAUAGGGUUUGAACACCAGAGAACCUGAAGCACGAUGGAGGAAUCAACAGGCAGACCAACCAAGAAAAAAGUAGUGGUGGUGGGAGGUGGUUUGGUUGGGGCACUGAAUGCCUGCUUCUUUGCCAAGAGAGGCUGUGAUGUGGAAGUCUUUGAAACCCGGGAAGAUAUCCGGCAAGCCAAAGUGGUGAAGGGAAGAAGCAUCAACAUGGCCUUGUCUCACAGGGGCCGGCAAGCACUGAAGCAGGUCGGGAUGGAGGACAAGAUUGUCUCCCAGGGGAUCCCCAUGAAUUCAAGAAUGAUCCAUUCCCUUAAUGGGAAACAGUCCCAGAUCCCCUAUGGAAAGAAAGGCCAGUUCAUCCUGUCAGUAGACAGAGCCAAUCUGAACAAACAGCUGCUAACAGAGGCAGAGACAUAUCCAAACACAAAGUUGAACUUUGACCACAAACUGCAGGAUUGGAGUCCUGAAACAGGGCUAAUGACCUUUGCCAGGUCAGAUGGGUCCAACGAGCAGGUCAAGGCAGACCUGAUUGUGGGCUGUGACGGAGCUUUCUCUGCCAUCCGCAAGCAGUUCCUCCGCCGCAGCCGCUUCAACUACAGCCAGACCUACAUCCCCCACGGCUACAUGGAGCUCACCAUGCCACCCAUCAACGGAGAGUUCGCCAUGAAGCCUAACUAUCUGCACAUCUGGCCACGAAACACAUUCAUGAUGAUCGCCCUGCCCAACUUGGACAAGACAUUUACCUGUACCCUCUUCAUGCCAUUUGAAGAGUUUGAGAAGAUCACCACAGGCGAUGAAGUCAUCGACUUUUUCCAGAAAUACUUCCCAGACGCCAUACCACUAAUAGGAGUCGAUGCUCUCAAGAGGGAUUACUUCCGAUUGCCCGGGCAGGCCAUGGUGUCUAUUAAGUGCUCCCCGUAUCACAUUGGAGACAAAUGCGUCCUUAUGGGCGACGCAGCCCACGCUGUGGUGCCCUUCUAUGGGCAAGGGAUGAACGCUGGCUUCGAGGACUGCAUUGUCUUUGGAGAAGUAAUGGAUCAGCUCAAUGAGGAUUUCAGUGCUGUGCUGCCGGAGUAUAGCAGAGUGCGAGUUCCAGACGACCACGCCAUUGCAGACCUGGCCAUGUACAACUACAUUGAAAUGCGAGCCCAUGUCAACUCCAAAUGGUUCCUUUUCCGAAAACAUGUUGAUAACCUCCUCCACUUCCUCAUGCCAAAGACAAUAAUUCCACUUUACACAAUGGUCACUUUCACCAGGACAAGGUACCACAAAGCCGUGGAGCGCUGGCAUUGGCAAGACAAAGUGAUAAACCGUGGUCUGCUGAUCACUGCUACUGGAGCUGUUUUGGGAGGCUCCUACCUGCUCAUUAAAAACCCUCCUGAAUUCAGCAAGCUCAUCGUCCCCGCUGAGAAAAUGUGGGACAGGCUCAUGGCCCUCUGGACCCCCUGAACACAGGCUCUGAUCUGCAAGUGCAAAGCGUCAUUAGAACUGAGAGGAUCCACUUUUUAAUUAGAUCAUGAUUAAACCCUUUAAUUAAAUACAAUGAGAGGCUCUGCCUGGCAAGAUAAUGAUCAUCAUAACUUUUUGCUAGACAUGAUGAUUGAUUAUAAGAUUUCAUAACAUUUUAUCGCCGUUUGACUGAUACAUGCCACCGUCAUUAUUUGCACAAUUUGCAUUGUGAGAACCAAAACUUCAGUAUUAAACCCUCUGGCCAGGGCUGGGGUACGUGCUGUACAAGUUUACGUAGAUGCUUAUACAUGAAUUGCAAAUAAAUGUUCCCUCAGAUCAUAGAUACAAUCAGAUGUUUAUUUGGCCUUUGGCUCCAUCCCUCUCACCUUCAGCUAGUUUAUACCGGGACUAUUUUGGGAGAACAAUAUCAACUCGGUUAAAAUAAGGCCAGUGUUUAUAAAACUUCUUACUUGAGAAGAGUGAAUUUGUCUGAAGAUAAACGUUCCUGACCCCUUUGACUGUCACCUUAUACUAUCUUGAACAGUUAAAACAAUCAUUUCAACAGAUAUGCGCUUGCUAAAUCACUGCUUUGCUUUUUGGAUGUGUUCUUGAGAACAUAUACAAAUUUAUAGAAUUUAAUAAAUGCAUUUAGGCAUUUAGUCAUUAGUUAAACUAACAGAAUGUGGGCUAGCCUUUCAUAUUAGAUUAAAUGUUAUAAGUGGGCUGCAAUUAUCAGAACAAUAUGAACAUUCAGGCUCUCUCAUGUGGCUCAACUGUGUUCCGGAAAUAUAAAUGCUGAAUAAAAGAUGAUGGAAGAAA